UGAAAUGAGAUCCGACCCGUUCCCCUGCACACCUCAGACCGCCUCAACCUGUUCUCCGACAACAAACACGCCACCAGCACGCGGCACCCGCGAGUGUCAUCGCUUACAACGAUGACGUCUCGCCUGCCUGUCACUGUUUAAUGCGCCUCUGCCGACUUGUUACGCAGCGCGGUGCGUCAUGUUCAGCGUCGUGCACCAGGGUCGCAAAUACGUCCCCGCGCGCUCCCCGGUCACCGAUGACUCUCCAUCAGCCGUGCGGACUGUUCACAUCAACAAAUCGCCCGGUGAGCAGAACGAGCCACCGGAGGCUACUUGGCCGCCGCUGGGAGCCAAGAUGCGAGUCUCCAAGGCCAACAAAGGCGCGGUGGUGGUGAGAGCUGUCCGGCGGUAUCCGUCACCUCAGGCGGCCAGCCUGGAGAGCCUGGAGGCGGCUUUGAGUGGGAGUGGGCACUCGGAGGUGAGUUCACCGAGAAAUGUCAGGAGAAAAAGCGAGCCAGAAUCCUCCGGGACCGGAAUGGACGGUCACGGCGGAGGGCCGUUGCGGAGCAGGAAGAGGGGGUUCAGACCCCCCGAUGUGAGGACCAUCUUCACCCCCGGUGAGAGGGACCCCAGGGUGAGGGAGGAGUCCGGCGAGGGACACAUCUUCGAGCCCGGAGGCGACGACACCUGGUGUGAUGUGUGUUGCAACUACAUCUUCCAGCAUGGUCUCACCUGCGCAGGUUGCAAGUACGCGUGUCACGCCGCGUGUCGGGACCGCGUGUCACUGGACUGUCACCCCGCAGCUUCACCCGUCAGCCAGGACCAUCUCAACAACAACACGCCGCUCCAUGAUGUGGAGAAGGAAAGAGAGCUGCGGACGGAGUUCAGCCGGGAGGAAAUCGGGCAGAAGAUCGAGAUGUACAACGCGGUGACCAAAGACCACCUCAAGAUGACACUCAGUGCUACUGGUGUGUAUACUGGUUUCAUCAAGGUCCAGAUGGACUUGAGGAGGCCUGUGACGGUGCGGGGGGGUCAGAAAGGAGGAGCGGGAGGAGCCGUGGUGGAGGAGGCCUUCUAUCUGCCCAGAGGAGUCACCAACACCCUCCACGUCAGCUCCAAUAACACAGUCAAACAGGUGAUCGUCGCCCUGCUGAACAAGUUCACUGUUGCAGACAACCCGGCCAAAUACGCCCUGUACAAACGCUACCGCAGGGAGGAGCAGGUGUAUGUGUGUAAGCUGGCGGAUGGCGAGCAGCCGUUGUUUCUUCGUCUGCUGGCGGGCCCCGACACCGACACGCUCAGCUUCGUACUGAGAGAGCAGCAGACUGGAGAAGUCAUGUGGGAUGCAUUUUCCAUCCCCGAGCUGCGCAACUUCCUGCGGAUCCUCGACAAGGAGGAGGACGAGCAGAGGGAGGCGGUGAUUCGCCGCUACGAGGCCUACCGCCAGAGACUGCAGGAGGCGCUGAGGGAGGUCAGAGGGCCUUCUUAGAGGACUAACCUCCACAAAACAGGACUACUGCCCCCUAGAGGAACAGAGGAGGAGGAGAAAAAUGGUGUACAUUCUCAAUGGAGAGAUAGAGGGAUGUGAACGCAGAGUGAGAAGAGGGGGAGCCAGCGCCUGGAAGAGGGGAUGAAACAGACAGAAAGAGGGACGAUAUGAGGAUGAACAGACUAAGAGACAACAAGCGAAGGACGAGUUAAUAAAGGGAUGAACGGGCAAAAUGCGGACGGAUGCUGCUGGCGUUCGAUUCAGCCUGGAUUUACAGACUCCAAACUGCUGCCUGCAGUCUGCUCACACCAAAGAUUCAGUUAAUAGUGCCAUAUUCAUUCAUCCUCGCUCCCUCUCUUCUUCUUCUUCUUCUUCUUCUUCUCCUCUCACUCUGUCCUGCUGUCACAUAAUUUAUGCAGUUUGUCUGAUUCCUCUUCGUUCCACACUUUUUCAACCUUUUAAACUUGUGAAAGACUCAAGGCCGUAUGUUGAGUUAAAGUUUUAUUUAACGUUUGUUUCAAAGAUCUUGUACAUAUUUUAUUUCUUAAUUUAUAUGGGUGAAGCUUUUUAUCACAUUAUUUUGUUUUCAUGAAACAGAAAAGUCUUAGUUUGUUCUACGGAGGCGGAGCACCAAUCUGGUUGUUGACACAGCGACAGAGAAUAGUUUAUCCAGACUGCGACUAGAAGUAAAUACACAGCGAGCAUCAGAAAGCACCUUAUGUGCAUCAGAAACCGUCUUUAAAGCUGAUGCGUCCCAGAAAAGUUAGAGAAUAUUCUGGAAGUAAAGACGUCUUGAUCUUUUAUUGCAUUUUGCUUGUAUUAUCCUGAAAAUUGAGGAAUAUUUCUAAAGUGAGAAAGGAUCAAAUAGCCUGCGUGGAUGAAUGGAGUCUCCAGUGUGCCAAAUGCAAAAGAUUUUUUAUUAUUAUUAUUAUUAUUAUCUAAACUGAUACAUUUAUUUUAUCAGUUUCUUUAUUUUUUGUUUCCUUUUAAUAGAGCAAAAGAUGGCAAAAUAAACUAUAAAAUAACAGAACAUAGCAGGUCAUCGUAUUUUGUCUCCAUUUUAAUGUGCUGACACAUCAGUAAAUGGAAAUUUAAACAACUUAUUUCCAUAAUAUUCCUGACUUUAGCUCCUUUUAUAAAUACAAUAUUGAAAUUAAAUGUAUCUAUACUUAUAUUUUUAUGUUUGUUUUUAAUGCAUAUGAUAGGUAGAUUUAUUUGAACCAUUAAUAAUUUCUUUUUAUGUAUAUUUUUUCUGUCAUUAUUGGCACACUUGAGACUCUGUAGAGGUUGACCUGAAACUGAAUUUCAUGGAUGAAGGUGCAGAGAAAUAAGAAGAGGUGAAUUUGAGGUUUAAUAUGACUACAACAACAGAGUCAAAUAGAAGCUUGUGAGUGUUUGUGAUGGUGAGGGAUGAUGAUGACGAUGAACUGGUUGGAUUUCUGACUGAUGAAGCAUGAAGUGAUGUAGUUUGGGUAGACGUGACUCCUGACCUUCUGCGCAGUCAGAGCAGGCAGGAGUGACCGGUUUUGUGGAAGUUGACUGAACAGUUUAGAGGAAGUAGAAAAGAAACUUUAGAUGGAAGAAGGAAGAAAAAACGUAGAAGAAGACAUGUUGGGUUUUAGAGAUGGACAGAAGAAGAGUAUGUGGGGAAGAUGGUCAUAAAAGCAGCGUGACCGUAACCUUGAGGACGACGACAGGAUUCUCCUCAGACACGAGUCACCGUGAUUAAGUGCUUGUUCGCUUUUUGCAUUUAUGAAAGCUCCUAUAAUCUGAGAGAAAAGGAGGUCUGUAAGUGCUGAUAGCUGCAGCCGACGGGAGGCAGGAAUAAUGGCUGCAUUGUGACGCUCUCCUGUCUGCCUGUCUGCAGGCAUUCAUUUAAAAUGUCUUGUGUCAAGUUGAAACGUGCAGCCUUGACCUCCUUGUCAGCCGGGGUUUCAGCAGCUCUUUUGUUUUUUUCCUGCUGGAUAAAAGAGGAAAAUAUUAAAGAGAGGAAUUAAAAGAAAGAACAAGGGAUGAUAGAAGAGAGAAGGAGAAGGAUGGAAACUUAAUUAAAAAUAUGCAUUAGGAAGUGCAAAAGAAGGUGAAAGGCCUUUUAGUGCAAGUUAAAAACCAUUUGAUGGUGUUGCAAGUAAAUAGCUGCCUUACACAUGUAUGCAUUGUGUUCUUUGGUGUAUGUGAUUUAUGGCUUAGAGACCAAAGAGGCUUCUUCUCACUGUAGUUUUGUAGAAAAAUCUUUGCUUUUAUUCAAAUAUUUAGGAACAACAGACAAGCAAGUUACGAUAAAUUACAAAAUAAUCAAGUGGUUAAAGUUGCUUCGUAGUUUGAGCUGCAGGUACUGAACGAAGUCAAACUGACCUUGCUGUGGUGCGCUUCUGUGGAAAAUGCUUGUACAAUACCGCCAUCUAGAGGACAAAUACUGCAACUAUUCUCUCAUUUCUGUGUCAAAUUUAUAUCUUAGAUAUAUCUAGAUUUAUUUUAAUUGUAUUUGUUGUAACCAAAGAUAUUUUUGUGGUGUUGCCUGGAGCAAGAAAAAUAUAUUAGAGGCCUCUUCCCACUGGGGGGAAAAAUAUAGUUUAGAGUUUUAUUUAAAGGGGUUUUAACCCUUGUUUAUUCUACUAUCAGACACUGGGUUAAAUCUGUGGAGGCAAAAACAGGCCAUGAGGAUUUGAAUCUUAUAAACAACUGAGGACCUAAAUGUGUAUAACAAAAACUUAAAAUGUUAAAAACACUAUUCAGGCUGCUUGAAUUUAAUUGGUCUUUUUCAUGUACAAAAAUUAAAAUCAACUCAUAAAAUCAAAGUUACUCAAACUGAUAAAAUCCAAGAUGGAAAAUUCAAGCUGUUUUUGUGGAGCUUGAAAUGAACUACUGAAUAUUUCACAUCACAUUAAUUAGGUAUUUAUUUGCUUAUGAGGAUCAAACUGUUUUGGCUUUUUUUUUUUUUUUUUGCUUCCAUAUGUUAUAAUUUAAAGUGAUACAAAAGUCUGCACGUUAACAGUGAACGGAUCUGAAAGCCAUGUUGUUGUUUGUGUAUCCGACAAACAACUUUAGCUGUUAAAACACAUCACACCAGACUAAUCGUAUCAGUUAAAUUUUUUUUUUGGGCACUUUAACUUUGAAUUCGGGGAAGACGGGUUUUCGAUUUUUUUUUUUUUUUUUUUUGGUUCCUUUUUUUUUACGUGCAAACGUCGUCAUCACACUCUACCCUUCAUCUUAACAUCUUAUACACUAUAAUAUUAUUCUGAAAGCUCCACUUGUAAUUAUGUUUUAUUUUUGUCAAACAAAUGGAAGCACAGUGUGACAGAAGUAAGUUUUUUUUUGAAGGCUCAUUUUAUUUUUUUGUCUCACUGAGCUUCCUUACGAUUCGCUCCGUUUUAGCUGUAGACUGUGAAACGUUGGGUUGAAUGUCGACUCCUGCAUGUGUUCGUCUCUUCGUGUACGUCCGAGCUUCCUGCACUCACUGCUGGGCUGCUCAACGUUAAAGCUCGCGUCGUCGUAGAUAAAACUGCGCAUCUGACGGCGUUUGGAAAAUAAUCGAGAUGGGUGGAAGCAAAUGCUAUAUUUCAAAUGCUUUCAGAUCUGAUAGUCAUGCAGAUUUUUAUUAGUUUAUCUGUUAUGAGAAGCUUUUGGGCCAGUAGUGUCAGUAAAUGAAGAGUUGAUAUGUGAUACCUGGUGUGUAUUCAGACAUGUUGUUCAAGGCUGUUCAGACGCAGAGUCACAGUGUGUGCAAACAAUCAGCUGUAAGGUUCAUUCUUCACCUUUUUCACAAAAAUCACACAAUAUUCAUUUAAUUUAUCACAUCUGGUUUUAACCAUGGACUUUUCAUCCAUGUUGGCUUACAAGCUGAUUUAUUCUUGAUGUUGGAAACAAACUCACGUCAUAUGACUAAAAUCAGCCACCAAAUGGUGAGAUUGUUUUUAAUUUAAUUAAUCAACUGGCCUGUCAGCUGAAAUUUUCCCAAACGAUCUCGUGUCUCCGGUCUGAACAGCUGGAUUCUGUAACAUCAAAUGCCAAAGAUCUGUGUGUAGCUCUUCUUUUUAAUGAUAAUUAUGUUUUUUUUUUGUUUGUUUGUUUUUCCCCAAUUAUGCUGUUGUUUUGUUGUAUGCAGGGACUGACUGUAGACAACAGACGCUCUGUGAUUCAUCAGGUUCAUCUCACAUGACGAGUUCCUGUAAGCGUGUGAGCUCAAAAACACAAACUCUUGUUGUUGUUGGACACUUGAUGAAGAGAACGCCACGGGUUUUAAUGUCAGACCUGAGGAGCAAAAUUCAAAAUCAUUUUCACUCUAGAGUUGAAGCCAAGAGCUCAUCAACCCUAAAUUCACUUCACUAAUCUCUCUGCUCCACAUUAAAUCAGCAGAAGCCACAUUUUAGUGUUUGGAUCGAGUCGAAUUUUGGCCUUUGAGCUCAGGUCUGAAAGCUCGGACUUCAGCAGUGCCUUUCCGACGUUUGAACGAGGAGCUGCAGACGGAAACACAAACCCUCAGGACAGACGGAGGGCUUCAUCAGAUGCUUUUUUGUCGCGGUUCUCUCUGCAGGCCAACAGGUUUACUUUUGUCGGUAUCUUGUGGUUUCUCUUUGAAUCAUUACCGAAUGUGGCCUUUCCUUACACAAGGCGGGCUGCUUCUAUUAAAGGUGAAAUUAAAUCAAAAA